UUUGGGGAAUUUUUCUGUCUUCCCAAAUGAAUGCAGUAAGUACAACUAAGUGCAAAAUGAACGGAUUAUUGUUCCAAUUGGAAAGAUUUUAUGACACUCGUGAAGUUUUCUUGUGAAUAUUCACUGUUGAAUGAAGGUGCUUAGACAAAGCUGCAAUCAUACUGCCAACCAGAAGUCAAGAAGAUCAAGAGAAGAAUCAAUGGGGACUUUGCAGUGUCACAGAAGUAGAAGAAACCAAAAUUGUUACUCGCUUCGUCCCGAUGUGGAUGACCUUCAUUAUCUGUGGGGUAGUUAGUUCCAUUGGAAAUACUUACUUCCUUGAGCAAGCAAACCACAUGAACCACAAGGUUGGAAAACUAAAGGUCCCUCUUCCGAUCUUCCUAGUGUUGUCUAACGUUGCCAAGUCACAAUUUGCCACAUUUUAUACCUGUCUGGCAAAAUGCUUUGACGGACGAGUAAAAAAAUUUGCUCCCCCAGUUGGAAUUGCAGUGGCUAUGAUAUUCUCAAUACUAUGUUGCAUUACAGCUGCCAAAGUGGAGACGCGAAGGCUAGGAGUGAUCAGGAGACAUGAGUUACUUGACAAGCCCGAUGAGACAAUCCCUAUGAGUGUAUUCUGGCUGCUUCCACAGUUUAUCCUUCUGGCUGGCCUUGAUCAAAUCUCUGAAGAUUGCAUUAAUGGUUUCUUCAAGGAUCAGGCUCCUCCAUCCAUGGAAAAAUACCAGGUUUACUUCCCUAAAGCAGUGCUUGGACUAGGAUUCACAGGUAGUGUUCUAUCAGUAUAUGCAGUAGGUAAGGUUAGUGAGAAGGGAGGAAAACCAAAUUGGUUCCAGUACACGAUAAAUAAGAGUCGAUUGGAUAAUUAUUAUUGGACACUAGCCGCAUUAAGUGCUGUGAAUCUUCUUUUGUUCAUGUUGGUAGCAAUGUUUUAUCGAUAUAGGGAAUCAGAAUCAAAUGAUGAGGGAACACCUGAGAAUGGAGUACCUGAUCAGCCUUCUGAUGAUAAUGCAGAAUGUUUCUGCUGCUGUGGUUAGAUGUGGUAGAGUUGAUUUUUUAUUCUCCUCGUUGUAUUAUGCAAAUCAAUAUGUAGCAAAAUGUAUGAUGUUCUUAUGAAAGUAGUCAAUUGUUUUUUUAAUAAACAAUGUUGGAAACAGACUGUGUG